GUUCAGUGGCAAGGGCCGCUGCCAGCUACUCCAGCACCUAAGUUCGCGCUCUGCGUCAAUCUAUGACGCAAUUUCCGGCCGAGUUCACGCAGCGCAAAACUUGCACCUUCUCUUGCGCAAAAAGCGCACAGCGUCCGAGGAGAGGAACACGCCCACAAAAAUCCUCCAAUCAGAUCAUUCGUUGUUCGGGCAGCGAAAUGGCGCUUUAAAUAUGGCGUCUGAGAGAACUUAACGUUCACCCCUAGCGGUUUCGCUACGUAGUCGUGUGUAACAUCUACCCACAAAGUUAUUUUUGUUCGCAUUCGGAGAUGUACAGCGGACUUCUUCCGAGAGGUCUGUGCGGUGACUCCGAUAGAGAUGUUAGAGACGCUGUAGAGCAUGAUGAGGAAGGGAAAAAAGGAGGAGAUGAUGGUGGCGGCGAGUGCUGCAGUACUAGUAGUAGUAGUAGUAGCAGCAGCAGCAGAGUCAGAAAAGUCGAACAAGAAGAAGAGAAAACGCAUGAUAAUUCCGCUCUGCCUCUGUCCGGUGACUCAGCUGGAAACUUCCCUGGAGUUUCACCGCGCAUGUUGCAGAAAUUUGCAGAACUUCGGGAUAAAAACAAGGAGAUCAAGAUGCAGCUAUCCAAAGUGAGACAGCAAAGAAGAAAACGACACAAGAAAGCUAAAACAAAUAAGAAAAUUGACAGUACCUUGGAAUCAGAUGAAAAAGGAAAUCUUAAAACUGAGCGUGAAGAGCACUGGAAUGAGCUUAAGCAAUAUUUUGGUGUAAAUGACCGAUUUCAUCCACCACCCUGCAGCAGACCCAAUCAGAAGACAGGCCUAGAAAGGAGUAUUGAUAGUGCCAUUGCUGAAGGGGACUAUGAGAAAGCAGAGGAACUGAGUAACAGUCUUGCCACUAGAGAGCUGGCUGUGAAAAUCGCAAACGCCGUAGACUGUCGUGACUUUGCGAAAACCAAACAGGAAGUAGAGACCUCAAGAGUGACCCUGAAAAAGAAGAAGCAAAUUGCUUGGGGAUUUGAAGCAAAAAAGAGAUGGGAAACUAAGAGCAACAUGGGCUACAUGUAACACCAGCCUAGAAGUUCUGAAAAUGCUUCUGUGAAUGUUAUUGAGACAUUUAAACAUUAAAGAUGUGUUUAACGAGAA